GCUAUGAAAGCUUGUUGACAACUGUAAUGGUUCAGGGAUUAUAGCUACUGGGGGGAAAAAAAGAAAAUAAAAAAUCUGGAGUUCAAACGGAGAAUGUGUUUUAAGCAUGACUGAUCGUCCUUAAAAGGGUUGUUGUUUUGUUUUUUAGAAGACAGAUUGUUGUAAUUGUUGUUAAUUAUGUGUGUGUCUUGAGGCAAAGAAACGUGGAGUACAUGACAAUUCCCAUGAGGCUUACUGGUAUAUUGAAAUAUGAUACCACAUGAUGAGGUGGAAUUGUGAACAAGAGAAUUCUGCCAAGUGUAUCAAUUCCAAACUAAUGUAUUACAAAUGUGAAACAAUCAUGGAUACAUAAAUGAAAGUAAAAUGAAAUGUGAACCACUAAUGUGAAUGUUCAUUAGGUUGAAAUUGGAGAGGAUGUGGCCAAUAAAGUAUGUGAGUCGCCAUUCAUGAAACAUUUACAGGCAUUACUGUAAAAACUUUGUCAUUUCACUAAAAAUGGCUGGUAUGUCUGGUGUAGGAGUAUUCUGGGCAGUUUUGUCCAUUGUGAGUGCUUUAUUUUCAAGUGUUGGAUUUUUCAUGCCACAUUGGAUUAGAGGUCAUUUGACCUUGAACUUUCCUGAAAAAUCAACGCAGACAUUUCCAGUGCAUUUUGGCAUUUUUCGUCGAUGCAAUUAUCCUGCUAUGGGAAGUGAUGGUAAACUAACGAUGAUUAUGGAAUGUGGACGAUAUACGACGUUCGCUGAUAUUCCAAGCGUCUCCUGGCAGAUAGCAACCCUGAUUAUUGGACUUUGUUGCGGUUUGUGUUUUCUUGUGGCCUUGACCUCAGUGUUUGGAAUCUGUGUCAAGGGCAUUGUCAUAGCAACUGUGGCAAGGUCUGCUGGUAUUCUACAAAUGUGCUCAGGUUUGUUGAUGGCAGCUGGCGUGGGCAUUUAUCCCAAUGGCUGGGAUGCACCUGAGGUCCAGCAGGCAUGUGGGUUUACAUCGAAAUCUUACAGUUUAGGAGACUGUUCAUUGUCCUGGUGCUUCUAUGUUACGUCAGCUGGGAUACUGGUGACACUGAUGUGUGCCGCAUUAGCAUUUCAUGCGCCGAAACAGAAACAGUUCAUGGCUGGAUACUCACUGUGAGACAACCUGAUAAGAGUCAGCAGCAGUUACCUCCCCUAGAUGGUACAACGAGAGAGAAAUGGUUACACAUUUUGUUCUUUUGUCGAGGUAUUAAUACUAUUGGAAUGCGCCCAGAAAGCAGAGAUGAAUUGUACCAAGGAGCUUUAAUAAAAUUAUUAUAUCCCAAUAUAAUAUUUCUUGUUUAUAUAAAUAUCAGUCUUGGUCAUGAUUUUCAACUACUACAGUUGCUUGAAGAUCUGACAGGCCAUUUUAAGUAUGAGUGAAUCACAGAGCAUUCAGGAAGAUCAUGUCAUCAGUACAGUUCCAUGGUUUGAAUAAUACAAACAUUAAGCAACUAACAAUUAACUAAUCUUUAAUGUAAUUUUGUUUGUAAAUACAGUUCAAUUGCUUUUUGUCAUACUUUACACAAAGUCACUCUAUGACCUUUUAGUAUAAAACCAUUAGUUUACCAUUAUUUAUAGCAUGGUGACUUAAUGAUUGCUAAUCAUAGAUAUGAUACACAUACAAUUAAAUGAAGGUUGUUUUAUCCCAGUUUUUUUUAUAUAUAUUUCUCUGGUAAUUUUAUAUGUUUAUUUUUCUUAAUAACAUGUUUAUAAAUGAUGUCGAUGUAUCUUAUUGAUAACUCGUUGAUGGUUUUUCUUUUAUGCAAACACACUUUUUCUUUAAAUAUUGUUUAAAGUUUAAAAAUAUAUAUUUAAUCAUUUGGCAUGGUGGAGAUCUUUCAAAAUGUCAGUUAACAAAUCUCUUGAUAUGGCUUCUUAAAAUGAGUGAAUUAAUUUACAUACUUAAUUAUCAUAUGUUAGGUCACUAGGUCAAAGGUCAAGGUCACAGUGCCAAAAAAUGUAUUCACACAAUGGCUGUCAAGGUCACGGUGACUCAACUUAGAAAAAUGUUUUUCCGGAUGAUAACUCAAGAAUGCUUACGCCUAGGAUCAUGAAACUUCAUAGGUACAUUGAUCAUGACUCGCAGAUGAAAUAAUGAUGAAACUUGACCAGGAUGUUUGUCUGGACAAUAUCUAGGUCAAGUUUGACAUUUGGUAAAGAUUGAAUGAACCGACUCCUCUCAGGUGAGCGAAAUAGAGCCGUUUUGUUAAUUUUUACCUGUAUACUGCAGGGCUCUCGCUGGGUUAUUUUUCUUUUGCCACCCAUUUUUACCAUUUUAAUAUUUGUUUCGCCACUUUGAAAAGAAUGUGAGCCAUUCGCAGAUUAUGAUGGUACUUUAUUUUGAUUUUUUUUUACCUGUUCAGGUGUACAUGUAUUAACUUAUAAAAAUUGUGAUUAAACCAGUAAUGUUCAAUCUCUUUUUACUUCCUUGUAAAUUUCUUGUAAGCAAUUUAAUAUUUAACCAAAUAUAUAAUUUGUUACAAAUAAAUGUUUUUAUUAAAAAAACAUUUGAAAUCUCAAAAACAUCAGAGAUUCCAAAUCUGACAUGUAAACAUAAUAAUGCUGCAGUGAGUGGUCUGAAUCCGUAUGGAUUUUUGUGUUGAUCUGAAUUAUUGUUGUGAUCUGGAUUGAUGACUAUCAUGACUUUUGUGGGAAUUCAGAUUUCUUUUUUGGGUGAACUUGUAUUAUUUGUAAUCAGAACUCUGCAGCUUUAAAAAGAAGAGUUUUUCAUUGGAACGUUUGAAAUAUAUAGAAAUGGCUUCAAAGAAUUGACUUCAUUGAUGCUAAACAAGCAAUAUUGAGCCAUGUAUUGCAUUUGAAGCAUCCUUGGUUGUCAUUGUAGCAGCAAUUAUUGCUUAGUGCAAAUAGAAAUGUUCACAUUUACUUGCAUGAUUUGUUUAAUCUGAGGUAACAUGUUGAGGCUGUAAAGUUGUGUAUCGAGAUGCAAACAUUUGUUAUAUUACUCUGAACUAUUUAUUUUUAUUUAUAUUAAAGAAAUUUGUGUAAACAUCCAAAAAAAAAUGGGGUUCCCUGCUUAAUGGUUGUUUAUGGUAUAAUCAAUGUAAAUACAUGUACAUAUUACAUAAUGUUAAUGUAAUAUAAUGCACAGCGCACAUGUAUUGUAUAUUUAAAUUGUAUGUGUUUUGGGGGGGAUUCAUCUGAUUGCAUAAAGUCAAGUCGAGAUUUAAUUAAGAAAACAUUAUUAUUUUUUUGUAAAAUCAAGCCUAACUUUAAAAGUAAAAUAUAUCGUUUGAAGAACAAGCUAAGAAAAUGUAUUGGUAUUGUUUAAUUGGCUGUGUUGCUUUUAUAUUUUGAGCAUGCCGAAACAAAUUUCUGUUAAUAUUAAUUUCCUAUGUAUAAUAUGCUUUAGCUUGUCAACGGACUUCAUAUUUAAAUUUUUAUCAAUCACCAAAAACAUAUUAAAUUUUAAACAAUGGCACUGAUAAACCAUAUCACAUAAAUGAUUUACAAUAUUCUUAAUCGCCUAAGAUAUUGCUAAAUUGCAUUAUUUUUCUUACACUUUUCUGUAUAUGUUUUUUUACAAAAAGCAGAUGUUUCAUUGUAUAAUGCAUAUUGCAUAGUACAAACGGUUAAUAUUUUGUAUCCUGCCCGUUAUUUGAUGCUUUUGUAUAUCCUUGUUUGACGUUUUUGUAUGUCCUUGUAUUUUGUUUUUAUAUGCCUUUGUUUGAUGUUUUAUAUGUGCUUGUUUGAUGUUUUUAUAUGUGCUUGUUUGAUGUUUUAUAUGUCAUUGUUGGGUGUUUUCGUAUGUCUUUGAUUUUUAGGUCUUUGAUCUGCCUAUAUGUUUUUAUAUAUUAUUUACUAUGUAUUUAUUCUUUAUAAGAAGUUGUUAGCUCACCUGAUCACAAAGUGUUAAUGGUGAGCUAUCAUGGUCAUCCUAUGCCCGGGGUCUGUUGUGUGUGGUGUGUUACAACGCAAUUUUGGUUAUACAUGGUCGUAAUUUAUAUCUUAACACUAUCUAGGCCGAGUAAGAUUUUGUGUAACGAGUGUCUUUAAAUGGGUCACUUGGUCAAAUCUUAUAAAAACCCUGUUAUCACUCUAGAGGCCACAUUUUUGACUCAGUCUUUAUUAAACUAUUAUUUAUCUAAAAAUAAUUAAAUAUUUCAUAUUCAAAUCUGGCUCACAUGGGAUUACAAACAGUAACAGGCUAGGUCUUUGAAAAUUGGUGUUCCUUCACUCGCGUUGAGCGCUUUAUUGCCAUAAUGAUAAGUAAAACAACUUACUUUUACCUUUGCAUGUGCAAUAUAUUUGUAACUGCUGUAUGAACCGACAUUCAGUAAUAAAUGCUUAAAACAAAA